GUUACAUUUGCAAGUCGCGUCGCGUUUAUUUAUGAUUAUCUGUCAUUUAGACGUCUCCUGGACUUCUCUUUGGGUCCUGACCCUUGUAAUAUUGUUUGAAAUGUCUUCAGAUGCCGGUGAUAAGUAUGUUUCUGUAGAUUUUGAGGUGUUCGGGAAUGUCCAAGGUGUUUGCUUCAGAAUGUAUACAGAGACAGAAGCGCAGAAACUGGGCGUGACGGGCUGGGUGAAGAACACUAGACAGGGCACUGUGGUGGGACAGGUGCAGGGACACCCUGAAAAAGUUACAGAAAUGAAGUACUGGCUCAGUAAGGUGGGCAGUCCCAGCUCUCGAAUCCACCGCGCUCAGUUCACCAAUGAGAAACCAAUCACUAAACUGGAGAUUCGUGGAUUUGGCACUCGCUACUGAAACCCCGCCAGACCGAUCGGCACCGGCAAACAACAAACACAAAUACUUGGUAGAUAGUUUACAUGCACACUUUAUAAGAAAAACUAAAUCUUUAACCCAUAGUUAUAAUUUGUUGUUUCUUAGCGUAGGGUUGUAAAUAUGAUACUUUGUUUGAUGCUAUGCAAUUUUCUCAAAGCAAAACACAUAUUUAUGAGUAAAGUAUGAUUGUAUCUGAUUCAUCAAUUCAAACUCAGUAUAAAAGAUUAUAAAAUAUAAUAUAUUGUAGUGGAUUUUUAUCUUAGAUUUUUUUAUGUUUUUGAAAGAAGUCUCUUCUGCUCACUGACCAAAAUUACAGUAAAAUGUUUGAAAAACUACUAUUAAAAAUGACAGUUCUCUAUGUGAAUAUAUAGUAAAAAUUUCCAGCAUCAUUCCUCCAGUCUUCAGUGUCACAUGAUCCUUCAGAUAUCAUUAUAAUAUGCUGAUUUGCUGCUGAAGAAACCUUUCUGAUUAUAAUCAAAAAGAAAUCAAUACUUUUAUUCACCAAGCACUCAUUAGAUUCUGACGGAAUCCAAUCAGAAGUGACAGUAAAUACAUUUAUAAUGUUACAAAAUAUUUCUGUUUCAGAUAAAUGCUGUUCUUUUGAACUUUGUUCAUUCAAAGAACCCUGAAACAAUAAAACGUAUCACAGGUUCCACGGAAAUAAUCAGAAAUGUUUCUUGAGCAGUAAAUCAUCAUAUUAUUCUGAUUUCUGAAGAUCAUGUGACACUGAAGACUGGAGGAAUGAUGCUGAAAAUACAGCUGCGCAUCACAAAAAUAAAUUACACUUUAACAGAUAUUCACAAAGAAACCAGUUAUUUUGAAUUGUAAAAAUAUUUUCACAUUUUUACUGUAUUUUAGAUCAAAUAAAUGCAGCCUCGGUGAGCAGAAGAGACUUCUAUAUGUCCAGCCAUUGGUCAAAAACAGCUAUUUUGAAGUAAAGUUUUAUGAAACAAAUAAACGUCUAUUAAAACGCUGAA